AUGGCGUCGACUCCUGAUGAAAACAGUUCGAUGUCCGAGGAGUGCGCUGCUGUUGCGACUCCGAACGACAGUAUUGUUAUAUCUGGCAUGUCUGCGCUCAUGCCUGGCUGUCGUGGUCUUGAUGAAUUCACGGAGAAGCUCUAUAACAUGGAAAACUUCGUGUCUGCCCCUGAGCCUCGUUGGAAGUGCAACCACCCGGAGGCGGAGUCGCCGCGUCACGGCCUCAUCCCCGACAUCGAGCGCUUCGACGCGCAGUUCUUCAUGAUUCACUACCGACUCGCUAAUUCUACUGAUACUAUGUCUAGGAAGCUUCUUGAGCAAGCUUAUCAGGCGAUUAUUGAUGCAGGUGUAUCCCCAACUGAGCUAUCGGGAAAGCGUGUUGGUGUAUUCAUUGCAACUGGCAUUACUGAGUCAUGCAAAUUAUUCUUUUCAACUCGGCCGCGUGGUUUUGGACUCAUGGGUGGUAGUCGAUCGAUGGCCGCAAAUCGCAUCUCGUACUGGUUGAACGCGAAGGGUCCGUCGUACACACUGGACGCGUCUUGCUCCGGCUCGCUCGUGGCGCUCGAGAUGGCGACUAACGCCAUCCAACACGGGCACUGCGACGCUGCAAUCGUUAGCGGCGCGCGACUCAUGUUGCAUCCCACAAGCUUAAUACACUACAGAAGAUUGGUACCGUUAAGUCCUGAUAGUAAAACUAAAUGCUACGACGAAAAUGCAGAUGGUCAGACCAUGACCGAAGCUAUAACUACAGUUUUUGUGCAGAAAUAUAAAGACGCAAGAAGAGUGUACGCUGAAAUAUAUCACAUUAAAUCUAACUUCGUUUACGAACAAGGCAAUGAAAGCAAGGAAAAGUUUGGGCAUCAUCGGAAUCAUGCAAUGUUGUCCAAAUUUUUGCGCGAAUUCUACGCAGAGGCGGCAGUGGUGCCUUCUUCUGUGGAGUAUGUUGAAGGUUUUGGAGCAGCAAUACCCGACGUAGACAAAGCUGAACUGCAAACACUAGAAGAGGUAUUCUGCAGUGAUCGCCAGAAGCCAUUACUGGUUGGAAGUGUUACAUCCAACAUGGGAUUCGCGGGUGAAGCUUCUGGCCUGUGUGGUGUUGUAAAGCUAUUACUCGCUUACCAAAGAGGAGAAUUGGCAGCUAACUUGCACUGUGAUAAUCCGAGGGUUGAUAUUCCGGCACUCCGAGAUGGCAGGAUGAGAAUUGUGACCAAGCAUGAGCCCUUCGAUCGUAUAUUUACUGCGCUUAACAGCUUUUCCUUCACGGGCACUAAUGUCCAUUUACUUUUGAAAGGACAUUACAAACCUAAGGAGGGGAUUCAUUAUCACAGUAGGAUCCCGUAUUUGGUGACGUUGUCUGGAAGACAGGAGACAGCCGUGCAGAAAGUAAUGGACCGUAUCAAAACAAACGAGCUGGACCCUGAGGAGAUAGCUUUGUAUCAUGCUAUACAUAAGAGAGGUAUACAGAAACAUAUGGCGAGAGGAUACGGCAUAUACGAAACUGUAACUGAGAAAACAAUGACGCAUUGUGAGAAGGUUGAGUACUUCGACGACGCUCGCAGACCGCUGUGGUUCGUGUACAGCGGGAUGGGCUCGCAGUGGGCUGGAAUGGGAGCAGACCUCAUGCGUAUACCUAUCUUCGCUGCUGCCAUAGAUCGGUGCGAUAAAAUAUUAAAACCAAAAGGUCUCGACAUAGAGGACAUUAUCACAAAUCCCGAUGAUACCAUAUUGAAAAAUAUUCUGCACUGCUUUGUCGGCAUUGCUGCUAUUCAAAUCGGUCUGACUGAUAUUUUACGUGCCGUUGGCCUGGUUCCCGAGCACAUCAUCGGUCACAGUGUUGGAGAGCUGGGUUGUGCUUAUGCAGACGGCUGUUGUACCGCAGAAGAGGUAAUCCAGAUGUCCUACAGUCGAGGUCUGAUUUCAACGGAGAUGACUUUCAUUAAGGGUUCCAUGGCCGCUGUAGGCUUGGGACAUAAACAGAUUUCUAAGAUAUGUCCUCCGGAGAUAGACGUGGCCUGUCAUAACGGGCCCGACUCGUGCACAAUCUCUGGUCCAGUAGACGCAGUGCACAAGUUUGUAUCGCAGCUGACUGAACAAGGCAUCUUCGCUAAAGAAGUCAAGUGCUCGAACAUCGCCUACCAUUCACGAUAUGUUGCCAAGGCUGGUCCUAAGCUACUGCAAUACACUAAGCAGGCUUACAAGGAACCAAAACUUCGAAGUGAGCGCUGGUUGUCGACAUCUGUGGAGCGUGAUAAGUGGCACGAACCUGAUGCAAAAUAUUCUUCAGCAGAAUAUCACACUAAUAACUUGCUGCGUCCAGUACUGUUCGAGGAGACAUCCCGACUGAUCCCCAACAAUGCGGUGCUGGUGGAGGUGGCGCCGCACGGGCUGCUGCAGGCCAUCCUCAAGCGCUCGCUGCCGCGCGCGUGCCUCCACGUGCCGCUCACGCGCCGCGCGCACCCCCGGCCCGCGCGCCUGCUGCUCGACGCGCUCGGCACGCUCUACAUGGCAGGCUACGACUUGGAUGUUAGCGCUCUCUACCCGAGAAUUGACUUUCCAGUCGCAACACAAACACGACAACUUUCUCAUUUAGUCGAGUGGGCUCAUACGGAGAAAUGGAGCGUAUCUCUGUAUGAGGUUACUGAUCAGAAGUAUACAGCAGUAUACAGACUAAAGUUGACAAUCCAUGAAGAGGAAUAUCAGUUUUUAGAAGGUUCAGUUAUUGGAGGGAAAAUAGUAUUCCCGGUCUCGGGAGCUCUCGUAUUUGUUUGGGAUACUCUGAAGAUGAUAUCAGAGAUGCCAUUGCGCGACACGUCAAUAGAGUUCCACAACCUGACGGUCCACAAACUGCCGCUGUUGAACGAUACUCAAAUGUUAAGGCUAGUGGUCAUGCUCCAGCGAGGAAGUGGACAGUUUGAAGUCACAUGUGAAGGUAGUCCGGUGGUCGAAGGGAAAAUCGUGGCAGUCAAAACAAAUUAUAAAGUUCCCUCGAUUGACAUCGAAAAUGAGAUGAUGCUGAACAGUUCGGAUAUCUACAAACUUCUUUUUGAAAGAGGCUUUGAAUACAGAAACGAGUUUCGCUCCAUACACAGUUCAAACUUUCCUAUAACGAGAGCUCGGUUGAUAUGGAGAAAUAACUGGAUUACUUUCAUCGACGGAGCUCUUCAGUUGUGUACUCUGAGACAUGAACACAACGCAGUGUCUCAGCCGCGGUACAUACAACGUAUGAGCAUUGAUGUUAACGCUCACUUAUUUACUCUGAUACAUUCGGGAGCACACAUCAAAGAUACGUUAGUUGACGCUGUAUUUGUCGAACAUCAGAAUAUGCUCAGUUGCGGCGGUCUCUCUAUCAAAAAUAUUUUGUUUAAAGAUACACCUUGUCAUCGACCAGCUAUUUCAAUGCAAACUCUGAGGUUUGUACCUUUCUAUCAAGACGCUAAUGGAGACGUGAGUAUAUCAUAG